AUCUCUAGUCCUGUCUACAAUGAUAUUCUGAGAUGUCUUCCUGUUCAUAAACAUGAUAAUUCCAAGAGUUUUUCGAUGUUUGAAAGGAACUGAAUCAUUGACCAGAAUGGUAUUUUAAUAAGUUGUAAUAUUGAAGUCAAUUUGUUCAUUGUGUAGGCGAAUAUUGAAAUAUUGCUUUCAAUAUUCUUUUCAGUAUUGAAGUUUUAUUUGAAUGUCACUUUGAAAUGUUAUUAUUGCAAUAAUUUACCUAGUGUGUAGAUAGCUUAAGGUUGGUUUCACGAAGAAGCUAGAUGUAGGGAGGCCACACGAAUUGUUGCGAAAGAACUUUUUGGACCGAAUUGAUGUCCGCGAUCCUUUACAUUAUACUGAAAAGCAAUAACAGCAACCGAAUUUUGAAACGAAUGAUAACUGGCGAUAAAAAUGGGUCCAACAGUUAAAAAAAAAAUCGUGGUCCUAGCAUAACCGGUACAAACAAUCGCCAAACCCGGAUUAAUGGCCAAAGACACCAAAACGGUUUUACUGUGUGUUUGAUGGAAUAGGGAGGGAAUCAUGGUUAUCAUCCACUAUGAGCUACGGCCCACUGACACUAGCCAGAUGCUCAAAUCGGAUAUCUAUUGUCAAUAACAGAUUGAUGUAGGUAAUCGACCGGAAGCGCUCAGAAUUGGACAAUAAGAAGUCUUGUGUUCCUUCAAGACAUCGCCAGACCACACACAUUUUUAACGACGUACCAGAAGCCCCGAGAGCUUUGAUGGGAGGUUCCACCGCGUAUCCGUCGUAUAGUUCAGACCUGGAACCAGGCGAUUAUCACCCUUAUCAGCCUUAUACGCCUUAUCAUGGUGUAUUUUAGCUUUACAAGUGCUUUGUGGAGCUAAAUUACAUCAUAUUAAAUAAAUUAUACUAUGUUAGCUCUAUUUUAAAGCUGCCCCAAUUCAAAGGUGUCCCACUUCCCCCUGGAGACGAUGACUUCUUCAAUCGUGAAAUUAUGAAAUUGCUAUCAAAAUGGAAGAAUCAAGCGCCUGGCAUGUUGGCCUUUUUAUAUGGAGCUAUUUUAAGCCAGUUAAAUUGAUCUCGGACUCAGCUCACAGUGCUCCAAGGAAAAAAUUUACUUAAACAAAAAUUUAGUAUAUUUAUCCCUCCAUACGGAAAGGUAUCUUAUAAUACGGAAAAACUUCUCACUUUUUAAAUAUUUAGCAUAACGAUCACGAGUGCAGGAAAAUGCCCAUACGCAUUUGUAUGUGAAAGUAAGAAAUUGGCUUCAACUUUGAAGGCCACUCGCCGGGGACUAGGGAAGAAUAUUUGAUUUAAUUCAGAUAAUUCUAACUACAGAACGACUACAAAAGAGUCAACCCCUGAAAAUUUUAAACAUCGUAAAAAUUAUGUGAAAUUCCAGGUUUAGUGCUAACUUUUAAACGACUUUUGUUAAGUAUAUGAAUCAGAGACAAUUUUUUACGAGUGAAAUAGUAACUACAACAAUUUAUAACUUAACCCUUUAAGGACGAUUGGAACACCGGAGUCCCAUAAAGAAAAUUAUUUUUCCUGACUAUAUCUAAAAUUAUUUUUUGUAAUGUUUGUACGUCAUUGCAAAGUAGAAGCGUUGAAGGAAUCUAGGAUAUUUUUUGCAAGUCCCUAGCUAUUUGCUAUAUAAUAAAUAUUUAAGCUCAAAAAUGACGAAUUUUUAAAUUCUCAUAAUAAAAAUUGAUUUUAAUUAUUUUAUAUACUUACAAUUUUUUUUUAAUCAAAACGGUUUUGGAAAAAGAAAUUACAAUAUUCAAACAUAAUAUUUUUCGUUAUAGUAAAAAGUAUCAUUCAUUAAUAUUGUCAGAAAUGUUACUUGAAUUUUUGGGCUAUUUUUGACCCUAUCGGUUAUAGAGAUAAAAAGUACACCGUAUCAGACUCUGUUAGAUUUUCUAAGGUUAGAUAUAAGACCUUUUACUGAUUUUGUUUAUCGGUUUCAUUUUUAUUGCUGAUUUUCGGUCAGCGAAAACUGUCUCGUCGUUAAAGGGUUAAAAUAUUGCAGGUAUAUAAGAAUCAAAUAUGUGGACUCUAUUGGAGUCGUACUGUAUGUUAAUUUCACCUUCAAAAUAAAACAUAAAGUGCUCAGAACUUUUUACUUGACCCUCUCAUAAAUUUUAAGAUAAUGGAUCUUAAAGAAAAAUACGUAUUUAAUAAUUGCAAAUUUGCAAUGGUUGUCUAAAGAUUUUGCACACCACAUAGUAAUAUCUUUAUUUAUCUUUUUAAUUGAAGAAAGAUUGCUAAAAUCCCUAAAAUCUCAAGAAAAAAUUGAACAAAAACAACAAAAUUCACACCACGAGCUCUUGUCCGUUACUUUUCAAAACUGCUAGAAACCCAUUUUGAAGUGGAGGGCGACUACAGUGCACCAAGCGGCAAUUUUCAGUUGACAUUCGCCCGGUUGCCACAUGUGUAUUCGUGGUGCUUUGCCCUAAGAAUUUUCGUGUUUUUACCUAGAAAUUGCGUGAGAAAAGUCUCAAAAUUCCACAAAAAUGGUCCUGUCGUGUAGAUUCUACAAGGAUAAAUAUCCUGAGGUGGAGGAUGUCGUGAUGGUCAAUGUACGUUCAAUAGCCGAAAUGGGAGCCUAUGUGUAUCUCUUGGAAUACAACAACAUCGAAGGUAUGAUAUUGCUGUCAGAGCUCUCUAGACGACGCAUUCGUUCAAUCAAUAAAUUGAUCCGGGUGGGAAAGACGGAACCUGCUGUGGUGAUCAGAGUGGACAAGGAUAAGGGCUACAUUGAUCUGUCCAAGCGACGAGUGUCCGUGGAGGAUGUGGAGAAGUGCACAGAGAGAUUCUCAAAGGCCAAGGCAGUUAAUUCAAUUUUGCGCCAUGUAGCGGAUAUCCUGAAUUUUGAGUCUGACGAUCAACUGGAGGAUCUCUACCAGAAGACAGCGUGGCACUUUGAGGAGAAAUACAAGAGCAAAGCGCAUGCUUUUGAUAUCUUCAAGCAAGCUGUCGUGGAUCCCAGCAUCCUGGCGGAAUGUGGACUGGAGGAACGGACGCUGGACGUGCUUCUGGACAAUAUUAAGCGAAAGCUGACGUCGCAGCCCGUGAAGAUUCGUGCGGAUAUUGAAUGUGCAUGCUAUGGAUAUGAAGGAAUUGAUGCUGUCAAGGAGGCCCUGAGGUCCGGAUUGGAAUUGUCCACGGAGGAACUGCCCAUUAAGAUUAAUCUCAUCGCACCGCCGCUCUAUGUGAUGACGACAUCUACGCCAGAGAAAGCAGAUGGUCUGAAGGCAUUAGAGGUGGCGAUUGACAAGAUCAAGGAGACAAUUACGGAAUUGGGCGGUGUCUUCAAUGUGCAAAUGCCUCCUAAAGUCGUCACAGCGAUCGACGAGGCUGAUUUGGCGCGGCGCCUGGAGCGUGCUGAGCAGGAGAAUGCCGAGAUUGCGGGCGAUGACGAGGAGGGCGAUGAGGAGGGAAUUCGCUUCGAGGGGGAGAAUGAUCGUGAGGAGGAUGAAGAGGGGGAAGGUGGUGAAGAAGAGGAGGAAGAACCCAAGAAGAAAUAAACAGGAUGCGAGUUUUCCAACAAUUCUUUCUAAAUAAAACAAAAAAAAAAAUAAAUAUGCGUAAGAUUGAAGAAAGAGACACAUUUCUUCUGUACAUUUAAAA